ACUUCAGUGUUCCAAUGUCAUUGUUUAUUGGUAAUAAGUGUGCAAUUAUACUCAGCACUAGCGUUUCUCGGAUCGAUUUUUUGGGUUUUGAUGGUUGUAUUGCUUAUUGUGGGCCUUUGGAAGCGUCGUCUUUGGUUAAUUUCCUGUUGGUUGAUCUUUUCGGUAAUUGGCAUUGUUGUGGACAUACUAUUUUUUAUAUGGACCAUUUCAACUUCCGAAUCUAUAGCAUGGAGAGGAAUUGUACAUUUUACCCUUCUCUAUUUGGGCAUUGUUGUUGAAUGGCUCUGCAUUUAUAUUGUCUACAAAUACUACUUGGAGAUAGGUAGUAUUGCUGAGAAUCCUGUGGAGAAAACAAUCUCAAAUAUUUCAAUUAACCAAUUUGAGCAGCCUUCAAGACGUUCAAAUGUGCGGAAGUCCAAAGAAUCACAAAGACCAGUGUCACAUGACCAAUCUUUCAAAAAUCCAAAAGAAGAAAGCGACUGAGUCAAAGAAAGCUGCCCCAGCUUCGUUAUUGUAAAGAACACGGAUUAUUAGCUUUUAAAAGAAGGCAGUACAACAUGCUCAAUAUAUAUUUGAUAUUAUAAGUUACUCACUUGCAUACAUAUGACAUGCAUAAGUGUUAAAUACAAAAUAACAAUGAA